AUGUCUUCCAGAGUCGAGAUGCCGGCGCCUGCGAGCUGUUACAGCGUUGAAAGCUUCAAUGCAAGCUCUGUCACACAGGCAGAGAUUGUGGAAUCUUUGAUCAGGAAUGGAGGUUGUUUUCUCCGAGGCAUGAUAGACCAGCAGAGUAUCGACGCAAUGCUCAAUGACGUUCAACCUUACCUCGACGCAGAUGUGCCAUGGGAAGGCGACUUUUUCCCGAAAGAGACUCGCCGAGUGAACGGGCUACCAGCAAAGUCACCCCUAUACACAGAAAAAGUCCUUGGUCAUCCUCUGAUCACCGCAGUCAGCAAUGACCUUCUCACCACCAGAACGAGCACAUGGAUUGGUGAUAAGCAAGAACACUAUGUCUCACCACCUUACCUGAACUCAACGUCUGUACUGGCAAUCGGACCGGGAGCUCGAGCGCAACAACUCCACCGUGACGAUAGCAUACACCACACCAAACUCCCCAAGAUCACUUCUGACCAGUACACCAAGGAUCGCGAUACGGCACUCGGGAUAUUCCUCGCGGCGUCGAAAACAACAGUCGCUAACGGAGCGACAAGAUUUAUUCCUGGCUCGCAUUUGGACGCCUCAGGUUAUGGACCAGGCGAUGAAAGCAAGGUCGUCUACGCCGAGAUGGAGCCCGGAGACGUGUUCCUGAUGCUCGCGAGUUGUUUUCAUGGAGGCUCUGCAAAUACAACCACAGACCAAACACGAAAGCUAUUCGGAUCCUUUGUGUGCCGUGGGUAUCUCCGCCAGGAGGAGAAUCAAUUCCUCGCAAACCCGAUAGAGGAGGUCAAGAAAAUGCCGGAGAGCAUCCAGAGAAUGAUUGGAUAUUCGGUCUCGAGUCCAUACUGCGGUUGGGUGGACUUGAAAGAUCCAAUAAGUUUUGUAAGGGAUGUAAAAAGUGGAUACAAGGAUCUUUGA